UAUACAGUGUUGAUGGCUGGCUGUGCUAGUAAUGAGUCUGAAGAAAAAGUGGUGAAGUGUAUAGAGUUGCUGUUGUCCAGAAAUGCAAAUCCAAAUACUUUCAGCAGGAAUCAGAUGACCCCACUAAUGUAUGCAGCUAGAGAAGGACAUACUCAGACUAUUACACUGCUGGUUGCUCAUGGAGCAGAAAUAAAUAUUCAAGAUGAAAAUGGCUACACAGCACUGACAUGGGCAUCUUGUCGAGGCCACCAAAGUACAGUGCUGAAGCUCAUUGAGUUAGGAGCUGAUAAAACAUUGAAGACCAAAAAUGGAGAGACGCCAGCUGAUGUAGCUGAAAAAAAUCAUCAUUCGCAGUUAGCGUCAUUACUCACAGUGACUUCAAAUUCAUCCUUAUUGGGAAAACUGCAGAAUGUAUCGAAAGAGGAGGCGAUUUUCAAAUAUGUCAUAAAUCAUUCUAAUGCAGGAAAGAACAGCAGAAUAUGUUCAGCUUCAAAUUUUGGUGAUGUACAACUGUUUCUGUCUGGACUUGAACUUGAACAUCUUCAAGGCCUAUUUGAGGAGAAUGAGAUAUCUUUCAGAGCACUUCUGACAAUGGGGAAAGAAGACCUAGAAAAGGUUUGUUAACCAGUGUUUUUCUUAAGA